CAGCUCAAAGCCGCUCUCACCUGCGCCAGCAGUUCAGAUCGGGACUGAUCGCUCCAGCAAACUCGUAACCAGAGAACAAAACUCUAAUUUCACCAUGAGCGUCCCUUACACCCAAAGGUCCUUUAGACAGACCACGCAGCUUUCAGGCGGCCCAUCGAUGCGGUCUAGUGUUGCCGGCUCCGUGGGGUCGUCGCGAAGAAUUAGUAGCAGAAAGGCGAUGAGUGUGUCUGGAGCUGGAAUUGGAACAGGUAUCGGAGGGUCAAGACGUAUGCUUUCUGGCUCAUCGAUCAAGCUUAGUUCAGGCUACAAUUCAGGUUACGGUUCAGGUUACGGUUCAGGUUUAAGGUCAAAUUUCAGUUCUAGUUCGAUGAUGCCGGCCCUUGAUCUAAGCGCCCCACUACCACAAAAUGACACCAGUCUGCAACAAGUUCGUAUGCAGGAAACGAGGGAGCUGACUACGCUCAACAACCAGUUCGCAAGUUUCAUAAACCAGGUUCGCCUUCUCGAACAGCAAAAUGCUCAGCUGAAGGUCAAACUGGAGCUUCUGAAGAGGCAGGGGACCUACACCUCCAACAUCGAUAACAUGUUCCAAACUUACAUUGACAACCUCAAGAGGCAACUGGAAACUCUUGGGCAGGAGAAGCUGAAGUUCGAAUCGGACCUUGUGCAGAUGCAAGGUCUAGUUGAGGACUUUAAGGGCAAAUACGAAGAUGAAAUUAACAAGAGAACUGAAAUGGAAAACGAGUUUGUCAUGGUGAAGAAGGAUGUUGAUGAAUCCUACAUGAACAAGGUGGAAUUGGAAGCAAAACUAGAAAGCCUGACUGAUGAAAUUGAAUUCCUGAAGACAAUCUUCCAAGAGGAAAUCCGUGAGCUGGAGUCACAGAUUCAGAACACUGCUGUCAGCGUGCAGGUGGACACUAGCCGCAACCUGAACAUAGACCAGAUCAUCAGUGAAGUCAAGGCCCAAUACCAAAGUAUGGCAGAUAAAUGCCGUGAUGAUGCCGAGAACUGGAAAAAGGCGAAGAUGGUGGAACUCAGCACAAUGCCUGGAGGUCAUGCGGAAGAAGUGCGAGUGAUCAAAUCGGAGUGUAAUGAUCUGCAGAAUCGCAUCCGUAAGCUGACUGGGGACAUCGAGUAUCUGAAGCAGCAGCGUUUGAAACUGGAGGCUGCGAUCGCUGAAGCAGAGGAACGUGGCGAGAUGUCUCUCAAAGACAGUAAACAAAAUAUCGUUGAUCUGCAAGAAGCCAUCAGGAAAGCAAAACAGGAGAUUGCCAAGCAAACUCGUGAAAUCGACGAGCUGAUAAAUGUCAAGCUGGCUCUGGAUAUCGAAAUUAACACCUACAGUAAACUACUGGCGCAAGAGGAAAUCAGGAUGGUAGAAGGCGUCAAAACCCUCAGCGUCCAACAAGUUUCACAGCAAGGUAACUAUGGCAACUCCGCUUAUCAGAGUGGUCUGGGUGCAAUGGAAACGUCUCGCAUCGCAGGACAACGAACAGAAUCCUCUAAGAACAUACUGGUGAAAACAGUGGAGCAGUUGGAUGGUGUUACAGUUUCAUCAACAAUAAGUGCUUUGCAAUAAUGAAUUAUGAGUCUUGAGCAACUAAACCAUUUUAUUUCCUUCUCUUGUUCAUUUGCCAUCUUUAUUUGAGAGUUCAGUUCUGUUAAUUCUAGCUUUGCAAAUUUAGAGAAUUGUUCAUUUUUUAAAUGCUGGCACUGUAAAAUCCCUUGCAUAUGUCUUGAGAUCUCUGUUAGGGAGUGACUGGUCCAAUAUGCUGAUAUUCUUCAUUAUUGAUCAAUCUAUUAGAUAAACACAGGCUAUACAAACCAAUAGAUUCACAUGAAUUGUGCAAUGUAAUUUCAGUAACAAUAUAUUGGAUGAAAUUUUGAAUAGCUAAGAAGCGGUAUAUUAUAGUGUUAAGAUGUGAAUGAUUUAGUAAAUGCUUGACUUGCUGUCACUUUGGUUCUGAGAGAUUGACAACAAGAUGCAAAUGUGUAGAGGUAGGUUUCAGAAUAAACUUUUCAAUAUGUUAUCACUUGAAUUGUUGGUUGCUUUAAAAUAAGAAAUAAACAAGACUACCUUCAAA